AUGUCUACCGCGACGAGUAUUGACGAGGAGGUGCCCUUCCCGCCGGACACGGAGAAGGCGCCCCGGAGGCGUAUGACCCGUUGGGGUAAGAUUGACGAUGGGAAGAACAUGAUCAUCCACAACACGACGAACUCGUUCCUCCACGAGCUGAAGAUGCUGUCGAACAAGGCGGCAAAUGUCUCAGAAGAUGACGAAUCGCAGAGCCUCUGGGGCCCCGAGGACGACAAACCGUUCCUGCCGCCACCCUUCGUUGACCUUCCGCCGGGGAUGACCCCGUCGCAGAUGGACCAGUUCCUUCGCGAGCAGCGCCACGACGACUUGGUGAAGAAGAUCGCUUCCGGUGAGCUGGAGUUUGGUGAUGCGGACAUCAGGCCGCCGUCACCGCCGCCGGUCUACGACCGCAACGGUAGUCGUGUGAACACCCGUGAGGUCAGGGCCAAGAACGCCAUGAACGAGGAGUACAACCGCCUGGUGGAGUACCUGCUGAAGCACCUGCCCGGAUUUGUUGCAUCCGCCGACUACAAACCACUUAAAAAGGUGCGUAAGAUCAUCAUUCCCCUCGACAAGUACCCUGAGUACAACUUCAUGGGACUCGUCAUCGGCCCCCGUGGCUGCAACCACAAGCGCCUGGAGGCAGAGAGUGGCGCCCAGAUAUCGCUGCGUGGCCGUGGGACUAUAAAGGAGGGUAAGCAGCGCGACCACCAGACCGAUGAGGACGCUGCCAUGCCUAUGCAUGUGCACAUUUCGGCGGAUAAGGAGGAGUGCGUGGAGAAGGCGGUUGCGCUGAUUGGGCCGCUGCUCGACCCCUUCCACCCCAAACACGAGGAGUUCAAGCGCCGCGGCUUGGAGCAGUUGGCGCUGGUGAACGGUGUCGCUCUGGGCAUUUCCGACGCGAGCCGUUGCAGCGUUUGCGGAGGUGUGGGUCACCGCGCGUACGAGUGCCCCGAUGCCCCCAAUUUACACACCGUUAAGCAUGCGGAUGUGCGCUGCGCCAUUUGUGGUUUCAUGGGCCAUCUUACUUCCGACUGCAAGUUGGCGGGCAGCACUGGCACCACUGCUGCCACCCAGGAGGCGGUCAAGCUUGACCAGGAGUAUAACCGCAUGAUGACUGAACUGACUGGUGCCGGAGCGGCGGCAGCGGCGCCUGGAGAGCAGGACGCUCAGAGCGCCGAACAGCUGCAGCAGUACCAGAUGGCCUUCUACCAGCAGCAGUACCAGCACUACCAACAGUAUCAGCAGCAGAUGUACCAGCCGCAGCAGUACUACUACUCGUCACAGUACUACCCGCAGUAUUACCAGCAGGGAGCACAAGGCGAGGCUGGUGUCGCGCAGCCAGCCGCAUACGACUAUUCUCAAUACGCUACUGGAGCUGCCCAGGUACCAGUAGCGGAGCAGCCGGCAGUUGUGCCAGCAGAAGCUUCCGAACCUAUGCCACCUCCAUCUACGAUGCCGCCGGAGUCCGAGUUGCCACAAGAACCCCUUGCGGCAGCUCCAGAUGAGCCAGCGCCUCCGCUGCCAGAGGACGACGGGGCAUUGCCCCCGUCUUAA